GUGCAUGAUUGGUCGCUGCGCAUUUCGAGUCGCUGCAUUGGCAGAGGGAGGAAGGAGGGCGGCAGCGGAGGGAAGGCAACAGAUCUGUUCGUGCUGAUUGCAUCUAGGUAGGAUAGAGGAGGGCAAUGCUGGAUCUCGGAGGAAAAGCGUAAAGGCACUCCCCUACCCCCUGAGACCAGUCUGAACACGGUGAGAGUUAGCGCACCGAUGGUCACACUGACGGCAUAAAAUGUGGGGCGUCGGGAUGGGCGCCGCAAGAAUGUGGUGCCCCUCAACCCUAACUUUCCCAAUGCGGUCUUUACAACUAACUCUAGUCCUGCUCCUGUUUAGUGGGGCUGUCGCAGGGAAGCCCGGCCGCUCGCUGUUGUCUGCUGACUGGUACCCUGAGAACUACACGAGCCCAUACCGGCCCCCGGAGAGCGAUAGGGAAAUAACGGUCCUGACGGGGCCAUGGAAGUUCCAUAGAGGGCACGUUCAGGAAACUCACCCGUACGACCGCUUCUUUGACGACUCAAACUGGGAGGCGGUGUCGGUCCCGCAUACGUGGAAUGCAAAAGAUGGUCAGGACGGCGGGGAUAACUACUACCGGGGGUUAGGUUGGUAUCGGGUUACGAUCCAUGUCUCCGAGGAGUACCGCGGGCUCGAGCGGAAGUUCUUUCUGGAGUUUGAGGGGGCGAUGCUGGUGACUUACGUAUGGGUCAACAGCCACUACGUGGGCUCUCACAGGGGCGGGUUCGCGACGUUCCGGAUCGACGUCACGAGCCAGCUGGAACUAGGGGCGGAGAACUCGGUCGCGGUUCUGGUGAACAACGCGUACAACAAGGACGUCAUGCCGCUGUGGCCGGCCGACUUCACGUUCUUCGGGGGGCUGUACAGAAAUGUGUCGCUGCUAGUUACAAACACGCUGCACGUCACGUGCACGGACUACGGGGGCCAUGGGAUCCACGUCUCGCAGCUGAAUGUGUCGAGGGAAUCUGCGCAAGUCCAGGUCGAUGUGAAAGUCGACAAUCUGAUCAUGGCGGAGAAGAUGGCGCGCCUCACGCUCGUGCUGGUGGACGGGGAGAGCCGCGUUGUGGAGGCGGUGGCGGCUUAUCAUAAGGUUCCGGCGAACUCGACCCGGAUCGAGUUCUUAUAUAAGACGAAGAUCAAUAAGCCGCGGCUGUGGCAUGGCGUAAAGGACCCACACUUGUACCGGUUAUACGUCGAAGUUCGGUACCAGGGCGUGAUCGUGGACGUCUUCUCGCAGCCGCUGGGCCUGCGCAACUUCCACGUGGAUGCCAAGCAGGGCUUCUUUCUGAACGGCGAGCCGUACGAUCUGCACGGGGUGACGCGCCACCAGGACCGCUUCGACCAGGGGUGGGCCCUGUCGGCGGCGGACCACGAAGAGGACAUCAACCUGAUCGAAGAACUGGGCGCGACGGCCGUCCGCCUGACACACUACCAGCACGACCAGCGCUUCUACGACCUGUGCGACGAGCGGGGGAUCAUCCUGUGGGCCGAACUGCCCCUCAUAAAACUAGCGACCAACACCAAGGCGUUCUUCAAGAAUGCCAAAGAGCAGCAGAUGGAGCUGAUCCGGCAGAACUUCAACCACCCGAGCAUCGUGUUCUGGGGAAUCGGCAACGAGCAGGAUUCCACGGACGGAGCGUCGGACGCGCUGCUGUGGAUUCUGGCCAACAAGGCGCAAGCGGAAGACCGGUUCCGGUUAUCGACAUACGCCCACAGCGGCGAGACCGGGUACCUCGACCCGCUCGCGCGCCACACGGACCUGCUCGCGCUCAACAAGUACCUCGGCUGGUACGGCGGGCACCACGACGACUUCGGGCCGUGGAUCGACAUCAUCCACGCGAAGUACCCGGACGUGAAGCUCGCGGUGUCGGAGUACGGCGCGGGGGCCAACAUCUUCCAGCACGUGGAGCUGCCGGAGAAGCGGCCGAAGCACGACGGGGACUUUCACCCGGAGGAGUGGCAGGCCCUGGUGCACGAGUCCCACUGGCUAGCAAUAAAGCACCGUCCCUUCUUGUGGGCCAAGUUCGUAAUGACGAUGUUCGACUUUGCCGCCGACUGGCGCGGCGAGGGCAGCACCCCGGGGAUGAACGACAAGGGUUUAGUAACCCACGACCACAAAACUAGGAAAGACGCGUUUUACUGGUACAAGGCCAACUGGAACGACUGGGACCCGUUCGUUUACAUAACCAGUCGGCGGUUCGACGUGCGGGCAAACAAGAAAGUGCGCGUAAAGAUCUACUCGAACCUACCCAAGGUAGAGUUGCACUGCAACGGCGUCUCGUGGGGCGUGAAAGAGUCGACGGACCGGAUCUUUGUGUGGCCGGAGGUUUUGCUGUCGGAAGGCCGGAACACGCUGACGGCACGGGCGGAAACGGAAAAGGAGAUUGUAACGGAUGAGGUGGUGUGGACUCUGCGCCCGCAAGGGCCCUAGUAAAGUCGGGGCUGUGAGUGCAUUUUCGGUCUAGGGCGUGUUUCCAAGGCAGGGAAAGGUGAAGAGACUAAACUAACCCAGUCCACAACGCCGGCCGACCGAAGGAUGGUCGGACGGAAGUUACGGGCUUUGCGCGCUGUAUACUAACCAGUCCCCUGCCGACAUUUUGAAAGGAGCCGCGGCAUCUGGCUCGUGGAUGAUCAUGGUACUAAAUUUUGAUUUCUCGACAUGUCUUGCCCCUUGACCACUGGAAAACCAAGUCAGACUGGACCCAUGCA